AUGGUCUACUAUUUCACAUCUAACGCGGUCUCCCCCUCCGCGUUCAUAUACGUCGGCAAGGACAAGUUUGAGAAUGAGGAUCUGAUCAAGUUUGGAUUGGACCACGAUGUCUGGGUCGGUCUUCAUACCCCCGGUCUUACAACGUUCCACGUUGAUAACCUAUCGAGUGCGCACGUCUAUCUUCGUCUCCGCGAUGGCGAGACGUGGGACAAUAUCCCCGAGCCCCUCCUCGAGGACUGCGCCCAACUGACGAAAGCGAACUCGAUCGACGGAAACAAAAAGGACAACAUCACCAUUAUCUACACACCCUGGUCAAACCUCCAAAAAGACGGUUCCAUGGCUACCGGCCAGGUCUCCUUCCACAACCAAAAGCUAGUCAAGAAAGUCCUAGUCCGAGUCCGCGAGAACCCCAUCGUCAACCGGCUGAACAAGACCCGCGUCGAGAAAUUCCCCGAUCUCCGCGCCGAAAAAGAAGAAUUCCUGAAGAAGAAGCGACACGACGAGCGCAAGUUGCGAGAGCAGCAGCAAACUCGGGAUAAGCAGGAGAAGCGUGAGCGUGAGCAACUCAAGUGGCAGAAGGACCACGCGUACGACGACAUGUUUAGCGCGGAGAAUAUGGAGGCUAGCAGCAACCAGGAUCGAGAUCCGGACUUUUUGGACGAUUUUAUGUGA